AUGACCGUUCCUCAAAGACCUUGGUGGAAAGAUGGUGUUGUAUACCAGAUCUACCCCGCUUCUUUCAAAGACUCCAACGGCGACGGCAUUGGUGACCUCAAUGGCAUCAUUUCAGAGCUGGACUACAUCCGCUCCAUUGGUGUUGACGUCAUCUGGAUCUGUCCCAUGUACGAUUCACCCCAAGUAGACAUGGGGUACGACAUCCGUGACUAUGAGGAUGUGUACAGGCCGUAUGGUACUGUCCAAGACAUGGAGAAGCUGAUCGCCGAGACACAUUCGCGAGGCAUGAAGAUUAUACUGGAUCUGGUAGUCAACCAUACAUCUGACCAGCACAAAUGGUUCUUAGAAUCACGAUCAUCGAAAGACAACCCCAAGAGAGACUGGUACAUCUGGAGACCAGCUCGUUAUGUCAACGGCGAGCGCAAAGCUCCCAACAACUGGGUCGGCAACUUUACAGGUAGUGUGUGGGAGUGGGAUGAGCAUACACAAGAAUACUAUCUACAUCUCUUUUGCCCCGAGCAACCUGACCUCAACUGGGAAAACCCAGAAACACGACAAGCCAUCUACAAAUCCGCCAUGGAGUUUUGGCUACAGCGCGGAGUUGAUGGAUUCCGCGUUGAUACCGUCAACAUGUACAGCAAAGGUGAGAUGCUUGACGCACCGAUCACCGAUCCUGGUUCAGAAUGGCAGUUUGCUGGAUAUCAGUACUGCAACGGCCCAAGGAUGGCCGAAUUCCUGAACGAGAUGAACCAAAUCUUGGAGAAGUACGAUGCUAUGACCGUCGGCGAGUGUCCCCACACACCAGACAUGAAGAGAGUGUUGGAAUAUGUUAGUGCUAAAGAGAAGCAACUGAACAUGGUCUUCCAAUUUGAUGUCGUCGACGUCGGCCAAGGCCCCUACAAGUUCCAAACCACCCCUAAGAACUGGACACUCCCACAGUUCAAACGUGCCAUGGCCCGCACGCAAGACCUCAUUCGCGCCCCCUCAGAUGGUUGGACUACCGUCUUCCUCGAGAAUCACGACCAAAGUCGAUCAAUCACACGCUUCACAUCCGAUGCGCCCGAGCACCGUGUUGCAGGCGGCAAGAUGCUUGCGUUGAUGAUGGCAGCACUGAGCGGCACGUUGUUCAUCUACCAAGGCCAAGAAAUUGGCAUGACGAACUUCCCUCUGACGUGGGAUAUGAGCGAAUACAAGGACGUGGACUCGACAAACUACUACAAGAUGGUAGCUGCGCGGACAAACGACGACCCCAAGGCUCUUGAAGCUGCGCAUAAGUCGCUUCAGCAUCUCGCUAGAGACCAUGCUCGUGUGCCGAUGAGCUGGUCGACCGCAACGCACAACGGCUUCUCGCCGCCUGACGCUACCGCGGAACCGUGGAUGCGACCUCUUGAAGAUGCAAAGGUUUGCAAUGUUGCGCAACAAAAAGGCGAUAAGGAUUCCGUGCUCGCUUUCUGGAAGCGCAUGCUGCAAGUACGCAAGCAACACAACGAUCUGCUUGUGCAUGGUCAGUACGACGAUCUAGAUGUGGAGAGCCCAGACUUCUUUGUUUUCAGCAAGACAUGGAAUGAGAAGAGGGCCGUGGGCAUUUGCAACUUCACGGACCAGAAGAAGGAUCUGGCCUUCCCAGAAAGUGUGAAGAGCGAAAAGAUGGAACUGCUUGUAAGCAGCGUGGACAACUGUGAGGAGAAGAAACUGGCUGCUUUUGAAGGCAGGAUCUAUUUACUUGCGUAG